CGUGGCGGCCUAUAUAAAAGUGGCCGCCCGUCGUCAUCGGCCGCUGCACGGCGCCGGAGGUGGAAGGCGCCGCCGUUGUUGUAAAGAAAGCAAAUUUGUGAUAAAAAGAAUCCACCGACAUCCUGGCACAGAUCGCGCUCCAAUUAAGCGCGACGUUAUCCUCGCACGCGUAGGGCACGCUACUACGCCAAUAUGUACGACCCCGACGAGGAUGUGCAGUACGACGAAGAUGACGACGAGAAUGAGAUCACACCGGACUUGUGGCAAGAGGCGUGCUGGAUCGUCAUCAGCUCGUACUUUGAUGAGAAGGGGCUGGUGCGGCAGCAGCUGGACUCCUUCGAUGAAUUCAUCCAGAUGUCGGUGCAGCGGAUCGUGGAGGACGCCCCGCCAAUCGACCUGCAGGCUGAGGCUCAGCACGCCACCGGGGUGGUAGAGGUUCCGCCGCGGUACAUGCUCAAGUUCGAGCAGAUCUACCUGUCGAAGCCCACACAUUGGGAGAGAGACGGAGCGCCAUCACCCAUGAUGCCCAACGAGGCCAGGCUCCGCAACCUCACUUACUCGGCCCCGCUGUACGUGGACAUCACAAAGACGGUGAUCCGGGAAGGGGAUGACCCCAUCGAGACGCAGCACCAGAAGACAUUCAUCGGCAAGAUCCCCAUCAUGCUGCGCUCCACAUACUGCCUGCUGAGCGGCCUCACCGACAGAGAUCUCUGCGAGCUCAAUGAGUGCCCCCUCGACCCCGGAGGGUAUUUCAUCAUCAACGGCUCCGAGAAGGUGCUCAUCGCACAAGAGAAGAUGGCCACCAACACGGUGUACGUGUUCGCCAAGAAGGACUCCAAGUAUGCGUACACGGCGGAGUGCCGCUCGUGUCUGGAAAACUCGUCCCGGCCCACCAGCACCAUCUGGGUCAGCAUGCUCGCCAGGGGAGGACAGGGUGUGCGGAAGAGCGCGAUUGGGCAGCGCAUCGUGGCCACGUUGCCGUACAUCCGCCAGGAGGUGCCGAUCAUCAUCGUGUUUCGCGCGCUGGGCUUCGUGUCCGACCGCGACAUCCUCGAGCACAUCAUCUACGACUUUGACGACCCCGAGAUGAUGGAAAUGGUGAAACCGUCUCUGGACGAAGCCUUCGUCAUCCAGGAGCAGAAUGUGGCGCUCAACUUCAUCGGCUCUCGUGGUGCGAAGCCUGGCGUCACCAAGGAGAAGCGAAUCAAGUACGCCAAGGAGAUCCUGCAGAAGGAGGUGUUGCCCCACGUGGGUGUCAGCGACUUCUGCGAAACCAAGAAGGCGUACUUCCUCGGGUACAUGGUCCACAGGCUGCUACUUGCCGCGCUGGGUCGCCGGGAGGUGGACGAUCGAGAUCACUAUGGCAACAAGAGGCUGGACCUGGCUGGGCCCCUGUUGGCGUUCCUGUUCCGGGGGAUGUUUAAAAACUUGCUGAAGGAGGUGCGCAUGUACGCACAGAAGUUCAUCGACCGGGGAAAGGACUUCAACUUGGAGCUGGCAAUCAAGACGCGCAUUGUGACCGACGGACUCAAAUACUCGCUCGCCACCGGCAACUGGGGCGACCAGAAGAAGGCCCACCAGGCUCGCGCCGGCGUGUCUCAGGUGUUGAACCGCUUGACGUUCGCAUCCACCCUGUCCCAUCUGCGGCGGCUGAACUCCCCCAUCGGCCGUGAUGGGAAACUCGCCAAGCCGCGUCAGCUGCACAACACACUGUGGGGCAUGGUGUGCCCCGCUGAGACCCCAGAGGGCCACGCCGUGGGGCUGGUGAAGAACCUAGCACUCAUGGCGUACAUCUCGGUGGGCUCGCAGCCCUCGCCCAUCCUCGAGUUCUUGGAGGAGUGGAGCAUGGAGAACCUGGAGGAGAUUUCACCCGCCGCCAUCGCCGAUGCCACGAAGAUCUUUGUGAACGGCUGUUGGGUGGGAAUUCACAAGGAUCCCGAGCAGUUGAUGAACACCCUGAGGAAGCUGAGACGUCAGAUGGACAUCAUCGUGUCUGAGGUGUCCAUGGUGCGCGACAUCCGCGAGCGGGAGAUCCGCAUUUACACGGACGCUGGGCGGAUCUGCCGACCCCUGCUCAUUGUCGAGAAGCAGAAGUUGCUGCUCAAGAAGAGGCACAUUGAUCAACUGAAGGACCGCGAGUACAACAACUACACGUGGCAGGACCUGGUGGCGAGCGGUGUGGUGGAGUACAUCGACACGCUGGAGGAGGAGACCGUCAUGCUCGCCAUGACCCCCGAUGACCUGCAGGAGAAGGGCGUGGCCUACUGCUCCACGUACACCCACUGCGAGAUCCACCCCUCCAUGAUCCUGGGCGUGUGCGCCUCCAUCAUCCCAUUCCCCGACCACAACCAGUCUCCCCGAAACACGUACCAGUCGGCCAUGGGCAAGCAGGCGAUGGGCGUGUACAUCACCAACUUCCAUGUGCGAAUGGACACGCUGGCCCACGUGCUCUACUACCCACAGAAGCCGCUCGUCACCACGCGCUCCAUGGAGUACCUACGAUUCAGGGAGCUGCCUGCGGGGAUUAAUUCCAUCGUCGCCAUUGCCUCCUACACGGGAUACAACCAAGAGGAUUCCGUCAUCAUGAACAGAUCAGCCGUCGACCGGGGUUUCUUUCGGUCCGUGUUCUACCGCUCGUACAAAGAGCAGGAGUCGAAGAAAGGAUUUGACAUGGAGGAGGUGUUUGAGAGGCCAACUCGAGACACCUGCCAGGGCAUGCGGCACGCCAUCUACGAGAAGCUGGACGACGAUGGCCUCAUCUCGCCCGGCAUCCGCGUGUCGGGCGACGACGUGAUCAUCGGCAAGACGGUGACACUGCCGGACAAUGAGGACGAGCUGGAGGGUCAGACCAAGCGAUUCACCAAGCGCGAUUGCUCCACCUUCCUGCGCACCAGCGAAACGGGCAUUGUCGACCAGGUCAUGGUCACCAUCAACCAGGAGGGAUACAAGUUCUGCAAGAUUCGGGUGCGGUCAGUGCGGAUCCCACAGAUUGGAGACAAGUUCGCCAGUCGGCACGGACAGAAGGGCACAUGCGGCAUUCAGUACCGGCAGGAGGACAUGCCGUUCACGUGCGAAGGCCUCUCGCCGGAUAUCAUCAUCAACCCGCACGCCAUCCCGUCUCGAAUGACAGUCGGUCACUUGAUCGAGUGCCUCCAGGGCAAGGUGUCGGCGAACAAAGGCGAGAUCGGCGAUGCCACACCGUUCAACGACACGGUCAACGUGCAGAAGAUCUCCAACCUACUGCACGAGUACGGCUACCACCUGCGUGGAAACGAGGUGCUGUACAAUGGCUUCACGGGCCGCAAGAUGACGUCGCAGAUCUUCAUGGGACCCACGUAUUACCAGCGCCUCAAGCACAUGGUGGACGACAAGAUCCAUUCGCGCGCCCGUGGGCCCGUGCAGAUCCUCAACCGGCAGCCCAUGGAGGGGCGUUCGCGCGACGGCGGGCUGCGUUUCGGCGAGAUGGAGCGCGAUUGCCAAAUCGCGCACGGCGCCGCGCAGUUCCUGCGCGAGCGGCUGUUCGAGGUGUCCGACCCCUACCAGGUGCACGUGUGCAACCUGUGCGGCCUCAUGGCCAUCGCCAACACACGCACGCACACCUACGAGUGCCGCGGCUGCCGCAACAAAACUCAGAUCUCGCUGGUGCGUGUGCCAUACGCCUGCAAGUUGCUUUUCCAGGAGCUCAUGUCUAUGAGCAUCGCUCCACGGAUGAUGAUCACAUAAAAUCUGGAACCUGCCUUGGGGCCAGAAAAAAUAUUGCCGACCGUCGCCGCUGCCCUCCCAACCCGCUGGGCGAUCACAAACAUCCCCAGUGACUCCAACUUUCCCGGAAGACUCUUGCCUCUGCCAAAACUCUAAAUAUGAGGACCAGCACAUAUUCUAAAAAAAAGGACCAAGUAAGAUGGGAUCAACAUGAACAUAUUCCUUGAUGCAUCUAUUUUUAUUGGCAAGUAUUAUUCUAGCCUUCCAUUGCAUAACAUGAUUUAUUUGUGGUGACUCAGACCAGCUGUGCUAACAGCCUAUCAGCCUCAAAAGGAGCAUACUUUGAUACUACAGGGCAGCCCGUCCUACAUUAAUUCCAUCAUUCCUACAUUUAAUAAUUUAUCUCCCGGUCAUGUGACGCAUUAAUUCUCACCCGUGAAUUUCUCCCUUUACUGAAUCCUGGCAAUCCUUUCAAUCACUGAUAUAUCCCUCAUGUGCUCACUUGUUCUCGCAUACAUUUAUUUUCUUAUUCUGUCACUCACGCUUCAUUCAUUUACUCAUUCCUCCCUCAUUCAGUUACUCAUUUAUCUCAUUCAUUCACUCUCAAUCCUCUGUCUCAUUCUUUCCUCAUUUAUGCACUCGAUUUCCCAUUUCCAUUUCCAUGUGCUGCCUACUGGCGAACAGUAGCGGAAAAUUUGAUUUUGCAAUGUACAUAAUCACUUUUUAAAUGACACGUGUUAAAUUUCACUGCACAUAAGCAGAAUGUGUAAGUGGUUUGAGGUUAAAAUCUCUCAUUCCUCAUUCACGCAUUCCUCUCAUUGUCAUUCUUAUCUCAUUUGGUCACCUGGCUACCAGAUGCUCUCCGAUGACUUCUGCAGGGCCAGCCGUUGCUAGGGACGCUUGUUGUUAGGGACACCUGUUGCUAGGGACACCUGUUGUUAGGGACGCCUCUUGCUCGGGACGCCUGUUGUUAGGGGUUACCUGUUGCUCGGGACGCCUGUUGCUAGGGGACGCCUGUUGCUAGGAAUGCCUCUUGCUAGGGGAUGCCUGUUGCUAGGGGACGCCUGUUGCUAGGGGAUGCCUGUUGCUAGGGGACGCCUGUUGCUCGGAUGACAGUUGGUCUUCUCAACCAGCAGUGCAACAUUUGAUAAUGUAGUGCAGAUAAGCACGUUAGCGUUCCAAGCUUUUUUAUUUUGUAGUCUACAAGCGUUUUUUUUCUAUUUCACGUCUAUAACUCGGCAAGGAAGGGUGAAAAAAAUGUGCUCGCACAUUGACAGACGACGGACUUUCCAUCGAUACCACGUUCGUACACACAGCUUGAAAAAUGUAGAUUUGUGUGAGGUGCGUUUACAAGCGGCACAUGCACACGUACAACGGGAUAAAAAAAAAGUUGUAUAUGUGGAGAUUAGUUUGAUCUGUUGCCACGAGGAGUGGCGACGCGAGGCGUGUUUUGUGAUGUUGCGGAAGCGUUUCUGCAGAGAGAUCGUCAGGGCCGCCGAUGCUUUUAAACAAAACAAAAAAGAACCCGCUUUGUCUUAUUUCAAAUAAACGCGUUCACGUGUGUGUA